AUGGAAAGGCUGCAGCCAAGUCCAUCGUCGUCGACGGCGCCGCCGGCGCUGGCCCGCGUCGCGUCGUCGGAGCGCCCGCCCGUGCCCAUCAUUGCGCUACCGCCGCCGAUCGUGACGCCGUCCGUGGUCUACGGCAGCAACGGGUCGGCCGCGAUCCCACAGCACAUCGUCCCGAGCCUGCCAGGCCUCGCGCGGCCGCCAGGCUCCAAGAAGAAGCCCAAGCUCCUCGUGCUGGGCAUGGGCUUUACCGGCCUCCGCGUCGCGAUGGCUUUUCGCGAAAAGCUCGGCUUCUCGGUCUGCGGUACCGUGCGCAGCGCGCAAACCAAGCUCGAGCUCAUCGACCGUGGGAUGAAGCAAAUCUACUUCCUCGAGGACGGCACGCUUGAGAUCGACACGUUCCGGCUCCUCGAAGACCCGCCGACGAGCGACGACGACAAGGACAAGGUGCUCGCGACGCUCUUCCCGGAGCUCAAGAAGCUAUCGACGUUGCAGUGGGUCGGGUACCUCUCGUCGACGUCCGUGUACGGCGACAGCCACGGCCAUGUCCUCGAUGAAACGGCGCCGCUGCGGUCAGCGACCAAGCGCGGCCAGCAGCGGGCGCGCGUCGAGGCCGAGUGGCUCGCGUCUGGUCUGCCGGUCCACAUCUUUCGCUGCGCCGGCAUCUACGGCCCAGGUCGCGGGACCAUUGCGCAGGUCCGCGCCGGUCGCGCCAAGCGCAUCCACAUGCCGGGCAAGGUCUUCAACCGCAUCCACAUUGACGACGUGGUCAAUGUGCUCAUGCAGUCGAUCGCGACGCCGUCGCCCAUGAGCAUCUACAACGUCUGCGACGACGAGCCGUCGAGCAGCAACGACGCGGUCACGUUUGCAUGCGACCUCCUUGGCGCCGACGUGCCGCCGUUGCAGUCGUGGGACGAUGUGAAAAGCAGCAUGAGCGACAUGGCCAAGUCCUUUUAUGUCGAGAACCGUCUUCUCUCGAACGCCAAGAUCAAGUCGGAGCUCGGCGUCCAGCUCCUAUACCCGACGUACCGCGAAGGCUUUGUGGCGCAAGCCGACGAAGAGCAGAACACGCCGUCGAUGCGCGCGUCCAAGUCGCACAUUUGCUUUGUCGUCAACAAGGGCUCGUUGCAGCCCGAGGCGGUCCUUGCGCUCCGGGACAUGUGCCGCAACCUCUCGGUGCGCUUCAACGGCUGCGUGCGCUUUGUCCCGUCGAGCUGCGUUCUUUCCAACACGAUCCCGAUCCAGCAGCUCGACGACGUGCCGGCCGUGCUCUUGCAGGACGCGGUCGCGGGCGUCGUCGCCGACCCGAGUACGGCCGCCACCAAGUUUGUCGUGCUGCCCGUCUUCAUCGGCAACAGCGAUGCGCUCACGGACUUUAUCCCGUCAAUCGUUAGUGCCUUUACGGGCCAUCGGUUCACGAUCGCGCGCUGCCUCGUCGACAUCUCCAAGCCGUCGGAGAAUGGGAUCGCCAAGAUUUUGGCGUCCAAGGUGCGCGGUGCGAUCGCCGACCACCGCGGAGUGUUUGAGAAGAAGGACAUUCGCGUCAUCGUCGUCGACCGGGGCACAACCAACCACGAGGUGCACUUGUCGCGCGACCUGAUUGGAUCCCAGCUCACAAAGCUGCUGGGCGGCGCGGUCGAGAAGGUGCACACGGCCAGCAUGGAGCGCGUCGACGAGCCGCAGUACGACUUUAACGAGCCGCUCCUUUCGCAUGCGUUCGAGACAUAUAAGAUCUCGUCGGGCCUUGUCGUGCUUGCGUUGCUCUUCCUCACGUCCGGUCGCCACGCGGUGCCGGGCGGCGACAUUGAACACGUGGUGGCGGCGACGAAAGCGGCGCACCCGAACCUCGAGGUCGCUGUCACGGCGCCCAUUGGGUCGCACCCGAUUCUGACCAAUAUGCUCAUGGACCGGUACUUCGAGUCGGUGAAGGAGUGGUAG